AUCUCUCUUUUGGUCGAAACAAAAAAAGAAAUUGGAAGCACACACACCAACCGGCAAAGGCGCAAAGAUACCUCAGGUUUUGGUCGGGUGAAGGUGAGUGUCCUUGCCAGUUGCUCGCAAUUGCAAAUAUCAACCAUCUCAAAGGCAAAAACUAGUUUUAUUAUCCUGUUUUGCCCAGAAACCUCAAUGACGUAAAAGGAAAAACAAAAAAGAGUUUCUCACUCCCUGGAAUUAGGUGUUUCUAAGGGCGGUGCUCAUUCCAAGCCAGAUAAAGGGAGCACUAAACAAGGUAACAGUUUGUGACAAGAGUUUCUUUGAUGGAUGACAUGGAUGCCUAACAUGGAUGGUAACGAUGGGCAUAGAUCACUACCAGGGCAAAAAAAAUUCAAGUUAUCUUUUUCCCGGAUCUGCAAUCGAAGGAAGCAGGAGAUGCGGGAUAACCCCAUGAGUGAUGAUAGUGGUAAUGGUAACAGUGAAUUGGGAAUAGAAAAUAACAGCAGGAAGAGCUUUUCAUCGCAGACUACAGGGUGCAUGCAUGCUUCAGACUGCAAUGGUAUGGAUACCGUGACAAUGGAAGAUGGUGUGGGUUUAGAUGGAUGUGAUGAAAUGGAUGAUAAACAACAGGAAGGGGUGGAAGGUGAAAAUCCCAUGGUUGAGAUUCAAGCUGAUCCUGACAAGGAAAGGGAUGAUGAACUCCCAUUGUCAGUAUCUAGGAAUGAUGUUGAUGGGAUGCGAGCUGAUCAGUAUGGGAAAGAUAAUAUUCAGCCCGCACUCAAGCUGAAGGAUAUCAUGGAUGGGAUGCAGGAUGAUGCAGAUGGAGAAGAAACUUUAGCUAAGUUCAAAAAGCCUCGUCGUCUGAGGAGGGCAGAAGUUAAAGCUGCUUUAGAAGAUGAUACUGGAAAUACGAUGGAGAUUUCUAAAGACAAGAAUCAAAACUUGUCUUUAGAUGACACUGUUAGAGAGUCAAAUAAAACACCUGCCAAAAUCAAGAAGCCUCGCAGAUUAAAAAAGGGAGAGGUCAAGGAAAAUUUAGAAGAUGAUACAGUUGAUAUGAUGGGGAUAUCUAUAGUUGAGAAUAAAACUUCAAUGAAAGACAAUACUGUUAGAGAAGCAGAUGCGGUACCAGCUAAAAUUAAAAAGCCUCGCAGAUUAAAAAAGGGCGAGGUUAAGGAUACUUUAGAAGAUGACACAGGAAACAUGGUGCAUCUAUCUAGAGGUGAGAAUCGAAGCUUAAUGAAGGACACCACCGUUAUAGAGGCAGAUGAAACACCAGCAAAAUUAGAAAACCCUCGCGGAUUAGAGAAGGGUGAGGACAAGGAUAUGCUAGAAGAUGAUACAGAGGUUAUGGUGGAGAUAUCAAGGGAUGAGAAUCAAAACCCAGUGAAAGAGAGAGCUGCUAAAGAAGCAGAUGAUAUGCCAGCCAAAAUAAAAAAGCAACGCAAAUUAAAAAAGGGUGAGUUCAAGGAUACUUUAGAAGCAGACAUGGGAAAUGUGGCUGAGACAUCAGCAGGCAUAAACCAAAGCUUUCAGGGCAACAUAACAGAACAUUUGGAAGAUUCUCUUGGUAUCAAAGAAGUGGAUGAAUUCCCAAGCAAAAAGAAAAGGCCCCGUAGGUUAAGAAAGCGUGAUGCCAAGAAUGGUUUAGAAACAGAUGUGGAAAAUGCCGUGGAUAUAUCUACAGAUGUAAACCAAAGUUUAAAAGUUAACACUGCCCAAGAUUUGGAGGAUAAUAUUAGUGUUAAGGAAGUGGAUGAGGUACCAGCCAAAAUGAAAAAGCCUCGGAGAUUAAAAAAGCGUGAGGUCAAGAAUGAUUUGGAAGCCGCUGUGGAAAAUGCUGCAGGGACAUCAACAGACAUGAACCAAAGCUUGAAAGGUUACAUUGCCGAAAAUUUAGAAGGUGCCGAUGAAAUACCAGCAAAAACCAAAAAGCCUCGCAGGUUGAAAAAGUUUGAAGCUAAGGAUUCUUUAGAAUCGGAUGUAGACAAUGCAGUGGAGAUAUCUAGAGACAUGGACCAAAGUCUUCAAUGUAACAUAACCCAAAAUUCAGAAGAUAAUAUUGAACAGAUUGAUAAGGCGAUAAAGAGUUCUAAAACCUUAAAAAAAAUGCCUAAAGUUGAUUCUCUCAUCAGAGAGGCAUCUACUUCAGAAAAUGAUAUUAAAGAAGCUGUGGGAACAGAUACUCGUAUAAAGCGGCAGAAAGGAAUUGCCUCAUCUCAAGGAUUACCUUCAGUACCUGUUGAGAAAAUGCAUACUGGGAAGAGUACAAAAGCAGGAAAGUUAUCUGAUUCAAAUCUCGAAGGUUUGCAGAAAGAUGCUCCAGUUAAAGUAUCAGAUACGGACAAAGGCAACAAACAAUUGGAUUCACAGCGAGCUUCAAGGCAGGUUAAGAAACGAAAAUUUGGUGAUAUGGCCUAUGAGGGAGACAGUGAUUGGGAUGUUUUGAUAAAUGGGGAAGAAACUAAUGAAAAUAAGACUGGUGACAAAGAACGUCUCAGUAAAGGCAGGGCCAGAGGUGGCUUGAUCUCAAGUUUGUUGGGACAAGUAGUUCCUGGUGAGGAAACAGCUGUUGCUGCUGGAUUAAAAAUGCGUCAAGCUGGUCCAGCAGAAAAGAUAAGAUUCAAAGAAGUCUUGAAGCGCAGGGGAGGGCUACAAGAAUACCUGGAUUGCAGAAAUUCAAUCUUGUGGCUGUGGGGCAAAGAUGUACGUCGAAUCUUGCCUCUGUCUGAGUGUGGAGUAAGCUCUGUUCCUUUGCAAGAUGAAUCACCACAAGACUCUCUUAUUCGUGACAUCUACAAUUUUUUAGAUUAUCGUGGAUAUAUAAAUGUUGGUGUUGCGGUGAAAAAGGAAAAAGCGGAAGCAGAUUCUGAGCCAAAGCUGAAGCUUUCAAAUGAAUGUACACACAUUGAAAAAUUAGGAGAUAAAGUAGUUGAUGCAGAAGAGGAGGUUGCUUUUAUUCUUGGUCAGAUCAAGGGUUCUGAGGAAAAUAGCGUAAAUGGGCAGAAUCACAUUCAAGGGGGAGAUGAAAGCCAAAUGUUGUUGCCUAAUGUGGAAGAAAGCAACAAACUUGAACAGGACUGUUCUGGAUUGACAAUGCCCGAGAGAAAAUAUUCUGAUGAAUGUGAAAUUUCGCUGAUGGAAAUAGAUGAAACUCCUUUGGUUGCACAAUUUAAGGAAGGUGAUACAAUUACGGGGACGCUAAGAAGCCCUCUUGUGAAUAAUGAGAUUGAAAGUGAAAGUAUCAUGCCCAAUAAAGAAAAGGAGGAGCUUGGAACAGGGAACAUUUCUGGCUCUGGUGGGACUGCAGAUCAAGAUUCUUUAGGAAAGGACUAUGAUGUAAAAGCUGAAACUGAUUCAGUGGUGAAAGCCCCUUCUGUUUUGGAGCAGAUAAAAAAUUCAUAUGAUGAAGAUGAGUUUAGUGAUAUUGACAGUGCAAAGGUUUUGCAUAAUCUUCGUAAAUAUGAGUUGCAAACAGACUCACAAACUGAUAAACAAGAAGUCAAUUUAAAUGCAGUGCCAGAGGACAAAGCUGAUGCACAUUCUGAUUUAAAAGAUCAGAAAAAGAUAAUUGUUGUUGGUGCAGGUCCAGCUGGACUAGCAGCAGCACGGCAUUUGCAGCGACUAAACUUUAAUGUGACUGUUUUAGAAGCACGGGACAGGGUUGGUGGAAGAGUUUAUACAGAUCGUUUAUCUCUGUCUGUUCCAGUUGAUCUUGGUGCUAGUAUUAUCACUGGUGUUGAGGCGGAUGUAGCUACAGAGAGAAGGCCAGAUCCAUCUGCAUUGCUUUGUACACAGCUUGGCUUGGAGUUGACAGUGCUAAAUAGUGAGUGUCCUUUAUAUGAUUCUGUAACCGGUCAAAAAGUCCCUUCUAACUUAGAUGACGCACUUGAGAUGGAGUACAACAGCCUGCUGGAUGAUAUGGUGAUGCUUGUUGCACAGAAUGGAGAUACAGCAAUGCGCAUGUCUCUUGAAGAAGGGCUUGAAUAUGCUCUAAAAAAGCGGCGAAGUCAACGAUCAAGCACUAGUUACCUGGAGUUGGAAAGUAACAGAAGUCCUCAUAAUGAUCCUGAUAUUACAGGCAUAGUUUUAGAUUCCUCAAUGACAGGAUUAGAGGCAUUGGGUGGGACUGCAGAUGGUAGCUUUACUGUAACCCCGGAGGCUGAAAGUAAUGUUUCAGAAGAUGUAAUCGCAGAAAAUGGAAUUGAAAAAGAUUCAUCAUAUAAUAUCAUCAAAUCAUCUUCAACCAGUGAACAGAAAUGCUUAAGCCAACUAGAAAGGAGGGUUAUGGAUUGGCAUUUCGCCAAUUUAGAGUACGGCUGUGCUGCAGAGCUUCGCCGAGUUUCACUUCCUUACUGGAACCAAGAUGAUGCUUAUGGAGGUUUUGGGGGAGCUCAUUGUAUGAUUAAAGGAGGUUAUAGCACUGUAAUGGAGGCAUUAGCAGGAGGUCUGAAUAUCUACCUUAGCCACAUCGUAACAGAGAUUGAAUACCUUGUAAAAGACUCCAAUUCAAAAGGUGAAAUAAAAAAAGAGGUCAAAGUUCGCACUGCAAAUGGCAGGGAGUUUAUUGGUGAUGCAGUUUUGAUCACAAUACCCCUUGGCUGCUUAAAAGCAAAUACUGUUAAGUUUUGUCCAGCUCUCCCUGAUUGGAAAUUGGCCUCUAUUCAACGCCUUGGAUUUGGUGUCUUGAAUAAGGUAGUGAUGGAAUUCCCCAAAGUCUUCUGGGACGAAAGCGUGGACUAUUUUGGGGCAACUGCAGAGAGUACAGAUUUAAGAGGUCGAUGUUUCAUGUUUUGGAAUCUUAAGAAAACUGUUGGAUCUCCAGUUCUUAUUGCUCUUGUGGUUGGAAAGGCUGCAGUGGAUAGUCAAACCACAGAAACCUCCGAUCAUGUUCAACAUGCAGUCAUGAUUCUUCGUAAGCUCUUUGGUGAAACUGUUGUACCAGACCCAAUAGCAUCUGUCACUACAAACUGGGGUUGUGAUCCAUUCAGUAGGGGUGCUUACUCUUAUGUUGCUGUCGGGGCUUCUGGGGAGGACUAUGAUAUUUUAGGCAGGCCUGUAGAAAACUGUUUAUUUUUUGCUGGGGAGGCAACCUGUAAAGAGCACCCUGAUACAGUUGGUGGUGCGAUAAUGAGUGGGCUUCGAGAAGCUGUCCGAAUUAUUGACAUCCUGGAAAAUUGUGUGGACUCUAUGGCAGAGGCUGAAGCUAUGGCUGCUGCACAGAGACAGUCAGAAAGUGAAAGAAAUGAAGUGAGGGACAUUAAGAAGAGGCUUGAUGCAGGAGAACUUUCUAGUGUUCUUUGCAAAGGAUCUCUAGAUGGUGAACAAAAGCCUUUAAGCAAAGAUGCUUUACUUCAAGACAUGUUUGGGAGUGCAAAGACAACAUCUGGGCGUCUACAUUUGGCCAAGGAGAUGCUGCAGGUGCCUGCUGCUGCUGUGAAGGCAUUUGCUGGCACUAAAGAAGGACUUAGCAUUCUCAAUAAGUGGAUACUGGAUUCCAUGGGUAAAGACAGAACACAACUCUUGCGGCAUUGUGUGCGGUUGCUACAGAUUGUUUCAACUGAUAUGAUGUCAGUACGACAAUCUGGUAUUGGAAGAACGGUCAAGCAGAAAGUGAUUAACCAUACGAGCCGUGACAUUCGUGCUGUAGCUAAACAGCUGGUAAAUACAUGGGUUGAAUUAUUUCGGAAGGAAAAAGCAAAUGGAGGUUUGAAACUUCUUAAGCAGUCAGAUGGACCUGCUAAGAUCUCUGGUUUAUCAGAUGUGAUAAAAGCAAAAUACAAAGAACAAAUUGGGAAACUUCCUAACUCAGCAACCAAUGGUUUCAAGGGGAACCUGGUAGAACUGGUUUCUGUUAAGGAUCAUUCUAGUGCUGGUCUGAAAAAUAAAAAUUCGGAGUUGCAAUCUGUGGCUGUGGAUGCUGGUACUGAACAGAAAAAGGAAUCAAAUUUUGAAGUUGGACAGAAUUGUGAUCAAGGACAAGUUGAUAAACUGGAUGAUAGUGCUCUCACUGAAUAUGAAGCUGCAGCUAUUGCUGCUGCAGAAGCAGCUCGUGCAGCAGCCAUAGCUGCUGCAGAGGCGUAUGCAACAGAAGCAGAAUGCAGCAGCUUCCGUGAAUUACCAAAGAUACCAUCUUUUCACAAAUUUGCCAAGCGCGAGCAAUAUGUGCAAAAGGAUGAUUCAGAAGUCAGAAAGAAAAAGUGGUCUGGUGCGGUACUUGGGAAGCAGGAUUCUUCUGAAAUAGAUUCUAGAAGCUGCAGAGUUAGGAAUUGGUCUGUAGAUUUUGCUGCUACGUGUGGUAAUCUGGAUAGUUCCAGAGUAGGAGGUUCAGAUUAUGGAGGUGGAAAUAGUUUGGCCACACUUGAUUUAAACAUGAAACAAAGAAGUCAAUCAAAUGAUAUUGAUAGUCAUUCUGACCUUAAGGAGCGGUCAGCAGAAACAGGGGCAGUAGAAAGUAAGUCAAAAAAACAUCGAGUGCAUAACACUGGCAAAUUUUCUGGAGGAACAGUUUUUGACACUGCAGAUAAAUGUAAACCAUAUUCAUUGGGCUCACAUUCAGAAAUACUCGAUCAGAAUAUUCAGCAGAUGAAUGAUAAAUAUUCAACUAAGGUAGAGCAGGUUCCCAUUAACCAUUCAAGAAAUGGUGAAGAUGAAAAAUGUGUUUUUGAAGGUGGAUCAAAUAAAGAAUCCCCAAGGACUAAAAGUGUUUAUAAAGAUGAAGCCAGAGGAUCGGAGCAUAUCAAAAAGGGUAUCACAGACUAUGUGGCAUCAUUGUUAAUGCCAUUGUACAAGAACAAAAAAAUUGACAGGGAUGGGUACAAAUCAAUAAUGAAAAAGAGUACAAUCAAGGUAAUGGAGCACAACACAUCGGCAGAGAAUGCCAUGACUGUUUCAGAGUUCCUUGAUAUCAAACGCAAAAAUAAGAUUCGUUCUUUGGUGGACAAGUUUAUAGAGAGGUAUAUGGCAAAUAGGCAACAAUGACAAAUGGCAUACACGAUCUAUAUGCUGAUAUUAGAUUUAUUUUUCUAGUGGGUUGUAUCCACUUUUUCCAGAUCACCAGUAGGUUCUGAAGUGCGUCACAUUCAUUACCUUUGUUUCUUUAUAUCAAUUUAUUGUUGUGCUUGUGUACACCUGGUUCUGAUAAAAUGUGAUUGGUUCUUUAUUUGUUCGAGGUUGAGAGAUUACAAGAAAAUAAAGGUAGAUAAUGGCUCAUUACUGAAGAUUUUCUUGUCAUUUCUCAAAAGAGUACUUGGAUAAUUCCGCAACCAGCCUUUGAUGAAGACAAGGGUGCUGCAGCUGUAUGAUUAUUUUAAAGUGGAUUCUUCCCUGUGAAUUUUGAAGGGAACAAUUUUCCUUCUUUUGGUUUGUAUUUGAUCUUUAUCCCUACCUGCUUUUUGAGAAUACAGUUUAUGGGUUAGAGUCUGGUAAUGUUGACGUUCGAGAUACCACAUUGGGCACCCAAGAACCAAAUAUAUGCGUAUGAAUUCACAGGAUCAAAUAUUUUUUCGCUAUUUGGUUUGUCUUUGAUUCACAUCCCUCCAUUCCUCUUUCAGAAUUGUGUAUAGUUUAGAGCCUGGUAAUUUUGACUUCUAGCAAAACUCCAAUUGUAUUACUAGCAAUAGUUUCAUAGGGGUUCAAGAAACUGAACAAAAUAUACAUAUGAACAAAAUAAAGCAUUGAAGUACCAAUGCUCAUUGGAUAGUUACAUUAUUAACUGUGGUUCUCCAUUUUAUGUAUGGUAGCUAGUGGUGAGAAAACACUGAAGAAACAAUGGCGGCUGUCUCCUUGUAUUUGCAAUUUUUAUGUUACUUUUGAAAUCUGGAAAGCGGCUAUUCAGUUU